AGAAAAAUGAAAUUUUUUUGAUAAAAAUGACAACCCUGACAAUUGUUUAACCCCACGUUUUUUAUUUAUAUUUAAAAGUUAAGUGGCAUUAAUUAAAGCUUGUUUAUAAUUCUUGAAUUCAAAGAGAAAAUUAUUAGCUGCAAAAAUGACAAGUACAAUGACUACAAAUCAAUCUACUUUGCUUCCUUUGGAAUUGGUAGACAAAUGUAUUGGUUCCCGGAUACAUAUCAUUAUGAAAAAUGAUAAAGAAAUUGUUGGAACUCUUCAGGGUUUCGACGAUUUUGUAAAUAUGCUUCUCGAGGAUGUUACCGAAAGUGAAGCAACACCGGAGGGACGUAGAGUUACAAAAUUGGACCAAAUUCUCCUUAAUGGAAACAAUAUUACGAUGCUCGUUCCUGGUGGAGAAAUGCCAGAUACGUAGAAAUUCUUUUCUUAUUUGUAAACAAAAAAAAAAAAAAAAGACUUAAUUAUUUUCAUUUCUUAAUAAAUACUUUUUUAAAAAUA